UCUUUUCUGUAGCCUACAAUUUGAUCCUGCACCCAGACGCGGAGAGCCGCAAGUUACAAGGAGAACACCAGACUAUUUUCUGUAAAAAAGUUUGUUUUAUUUUUUUCUGUUACUUUUUUCCCUUCAUUUUUUUUUUCUUUUUUUGUUUGAGAGAGGAUGGGUUGCUGCGUCUCCCGCCAUGUCAAAAAUGGGACUAUGCUAUUUUCUUUUUCUUUCUCCAAUGUUUUCAUACUCUUUAUCGUCGAACGCCGUCCCUUUCUGCAUCAAGGAUAUAUUCUCUACAACGCGCGCUGUCUCCGUUCUCUUCUAGUCUUUGUAUUUUCCUCCACCUGUGAACCCAGACUUCUUUCUACAAAUACCUCCUCUGCUGUCCUUGGGAUACUCUCUUAAAUGAAAUCACAAAAAAAACUUCACAUACUAAUCGCUGUGUCUACUUGCCAUUGUUCAUGAAUGAGAUAUUACUGUGAAACGGGAUAGGUACCAAUUC